AUGUUGUUCAAUACGUUCUCCGUCCUGCUCGCUGCGACUGCCACUCUCGCCCUCCCACUUGAAAAGCGAGAUGUACCCAUUGAAAAGUGCACGAAGCGGACGUCUGGGUAUCUUUCUGGGCCCGAGAACCAGAAGUUUGCGAUUUCGAAAGAUGGGAAGCAUGUUGUUUAUGCUGGAUCCGGGAAGGGGGGGCUCAAGGUCGAGUUCCAAGAAUGUACCCCCAAUUUUACAAAGUAUCCCAACUCGGGCGAUGGACCUUAUGUUGGUCAUAUUUAUGUCCCCGAAGUGAAGAAGUGCUUGCACGUUCCGAGCUACAACCCUGGCAAGACAUAUCAAUUACUGUUGGAAGACUGCUAUUUCUCCGAUGACUCGGGUCAAUUCGCGUACAGUUUCUUGCAGAAGGGGUCGGAUUAUUACUGGUCUGGUGCGACGAUGGGUGAUGGCUCGCUCAUCCAAGGGGAUGAUACCGGGUGUACUGAAGGACUUUAUGGGUAUCAAGGAGACGCAGAUGGAGCACGUAACAAGGGUUAUUCGACCGUCGCAUGUGCCACAAGUCCUAACGUGAAGACCUUUACUAUCAAGACUUGA